UCCUUCUCUCUUGACCAUGGAUCCAUGGUUUAAUACCUGCUACUUUCAAGGCUGGAGGAGAGGAGAGAAUCACCAUGUGGAGUCCUUUCAGGGUGGGCUUUCAAACACAAAAACCAUAUCCUGGGUUGAUCUACUUCGGUUAGCAAGGACAGCUAGCCAGGCGUGGAACUACAGAAGCCAAAAAGCAAGACUGUUUGAAGAGCCUGCCGGGACAUGUCCUCGUCGCCAGAUGUCUGGGGUGUGAUAGAAACUUGGCCACAGUGCGAUAGCUCCUGUGAUGGAGUGCAGGAUGUCAGCAGGACUCAGCGCUGCGACAAAUCCAGACUUCCUGUGAUUCUAAAUGCUCUAUCCUGUCCAGUGAUAUCUCGUCCUGAUAAACUGGCAACUCCUCUGACCACAACAGAGAAAAAUCGGAGGAAACCUCAUUGGUGUCCAAGGCCUAGAAGAUUGCCCCAUCACAAAGGGAAGCCUGGAACUGUUUUGAAAUGCUUAGAAACUUGUUUCGGAAGAGACUUUUUUCUUAUCCUACAAAAUACUACCUCAUGGGUCUUGUUCUCUCUCUAAUAACCUUCUCUGUUUUAAGAAUUCAUCAGAAGCUUGAAUUUUUUAGUGUCAGACACUUGGAACUUUCUGGAGAUGGUCAUACCAGCAACAUUAAUUGCACCAAAGUUUUAGAGGGCGACCCAGAUGAAAUCCAAAAGGCGAAGCUUGAGAUAAUAACAGUGCAAUUCAGGAAGCGCCCAAGGUGGACCCCGUAUGACUAUAUAAACAUGACGCAUGACUGCGCCUCUUUCAUCAGAACUCGCAAAUAUAUUGUGGAGCCCCUUAGUAAAGAAGAGGCAGGCUUUCCAAUUGCAUAUUCCAUAGUGGUUCAUCAUAAGAUUGAAAUGCUUGACAGGCUCCUGAGGGCCAUCUACAUGCCCCAGAAUUUCUACUGCAUCCAUGUGGACAAGAAAGCAGAGGAAUCCUUUUUAGCCGCCGUGGUGGGCAUUGCAUCCUGCUUCGAUAAUGUCUUUGUGGCCAGCCAGUUGGAGAAUGUUGUUUAUGCCUCCUGGAGUCGGGUUCAGGCUGACCUCAACUGCAUGAAGGACCUCUACAGAAUGAAUGCAAACUGGAAGUACUUGAUUAAUCUUUGUGGUAUGGAUUUCCCUAUUAAAACCAACCUGGAAAUUGUCAGGAAGCUCAAGUCAUUCAUAGGUGAAAACAACCUGGAAACUGAGAAGAUGCCUCCCAACAAGGAAGAAAGAUGGAAAAAGCGGCACACUAUUGUUGAUGGGAAGCUGACUAACACUGGGGUAGCCAAAUCGCAGCCUCCACUCAAAACUCCUCUUUUUUCAGGCAGCGCCUACUUUGUGGUCAGUAGGGAAUAUGUAGGCCAUGUGCUAGAAAAUGAAAAUAUCCAAAAGUUUAUGGAAUGGGCGCAGGACACAUACAGCCCAGACGAGUUCCUUUGGGCCACUAUCCAGCGGAUCCCUGAAGUCCCUGGUUCUCGCCCCUCCAGCUAUAAGUAUGACUUGUCUGACAUGAAUGCUGUCGCGAGGUUUGUCAAGUGGCAGUACUUCGAAGGCGACGUUUCCAGAGGCGCUCCUUACCCCCCGUGCAGUGGAGUCCACGUGCGCUCCGUGUGCGUCUUCGGAGCGGGUGACUUGAGAUGGAUGCUGCGCAAACACCACCUUUUUGCCAACAAGUUCGAUGUGGACGUCGACCCCUUCGCCAUCCAGUGUCUGGAUGAGCAUCUGAGGCAUAAAGCCCUGGAGAACUUAGAGCACUAACCGCUGGUAGCCGUUCUGGGGGUGGGAGGGAUGCGCGAACUGUGCCCUCAUCUGCUUCCCUUGGUUCAUAGAGGGUCCUCUUUGGGACGAUGUUUUUUAAGUCUUUGUGACAGGGAAGCUGCUCGAAUUCUGCAGAAUACAGUUACAUGAGAGGUUGAUGCACUAAUUGUUCUAGAGUAACUUCGAGGACAGAUUUAAGAUGGCUGGAGGCUGGGCAAGAUUUUUAUGGACAGAUGAGACACAGGAGACUGGAAAAGAGGCCAGUGGGGAAAAAAAAUCAGCCUCCUGGACUAAUCAAAGAACCCAGGUACUUAAUCUCAACAAAAUUUGAUUUGUGCCAAAAUUCUCUUGAGAAUUUUAAACAUGAUCAUUUUCUUGACAUGAAUAAAUUUGUAGCAAUGACCAAUCAUAAACAUAUAAUUUAUCCUGUAUAUUUUUUGGAAUAGACGUUUGGUUUUACUCUGUUAUCCUUGUAAAUAAUUUACUUCCUGCUGUGAUUUGUGAGGGUGGUGUGUCUCCGUGUGUCAUCUCAGGGAGCUUCAAAUAUGUUCAGCAUAGAUAUCUCUGUCUGAAUUUUUGCUUAACUAUGCAUACAUGUAUUCAAAAGCAAUGGGGCGGGAUUGGGAAGGACAGUUUCGAGUUCACCAGUUUCUAUGAAUUCUCUUUUAAGUUAGAAAAUUCUAGGAAGCAGCUGGGUGUGUGUGGCCUCUGCCUAUUAAGCAGGAGGUUUGUUCAAGCUCAGGUGAUUAGCAGCCAGGCUGGGGAAAAUAAUAAGAACUCAUGUCUUUUUUAAAAGGGGAAAGAAAUCAACUCAAAUUUUUCAUUUUUCUUUAUCUUGUCUUCCUAGACUGUGAAUGCUGUUCAUUUGCAUACACGUUGCUGUUUUAGGAUCCUAUGUCUGAGUUUUGGGUCUUUGGUAUGACCCAGUCUCCAGUAAUUAGUGCAGAAAACUAGGGAGGGUAAAGUAGGCAUUCGAGGGAAGAAGAGACCCAUGGAGGCCAUUGCUAAGGCCCUGGUACAUGUUUAAAGCCAGCAAUUGGCUCUGUCCCAAGAAAUUAAGGUGCCUGCCUACUGGAUCCGCCUUCUCUCAGGUGGCGACAUCCUGACCUUGAAUAUUCGUGUUAUCUGCCCACUGGCUUUCUUAGCCCACUAGUUGCUAGUGUCUUUCUUCCUCUCUCUCUGCCCUUGUUGAGAGCCCUUGUGUCCACAUGUAGUAUGUGAAUGUCUGGGAAGGAGCUGUGCUAUUGCAGUUUGUUUUCCCAAAAGACAAAUAACUUAGGGUUUCUGUAGUUCUGGUUCUCAUCCCAAAUGAAGGUUUUUGUUUGUUUGUUUUCUGCUAAUAUUAUUUAGCUAAAUCUAAACUGUUCAGCCAGAAUUCUAAUGAAUUUGAAACCUUGUCAUUUGAUUUUUAACAAAAAUCAACACCAUGUACUUUUAUUUUUAAAACAUAACCAACGUUAACAGUCCAUGAGAAAGUAUGUUUUCUGCCUCAAAGGUAGAAAGUGUUUUUCUUUUAACGACAGUUCCUGUCAUUAAAAACGUCAGGGAUCAAUGGCUCCGCUGGUUUUGUGUUAGACCACUAGAAACGUGUUUGCUGUGGAAGGCCACAAUGACGUGACGCAGCCGUGGGGCUUGUGUCCUCUAUACUGGCUGCAGUUUCUUUAGUUUACACCCAGGAUUUGGCAAACGCUUCUCUUAGUAGAAAGGCUUUUAGGUAUGACACAGGGCAUCUUUUAAAUCUCAAACCAGUGAUACCUGGUGACAUAUAAUUUGUGUACACAGCUGUGACUUAAGCAGUUUUUCUUUAUCCAUUUUGAAAACACAAGGGUUGAAGCAAUAGUCCAGUGAUCCAGCAAGCAACCCAGACGGGGGUUGUUACCAGAAUUAACACAUCCAGCACCAUUUGCUUCAUUUUGGAAGAACUCUUUAUUUUUCGGUGUUUGGCUUUUGGUUUUUCAAAAUCGAUUCUCUAUGUAGUUUUGGCUCUCCUAGACUCGAUUCAUAGACAUGGCUGGCUUCCAAACUCACAGAGAUCCACCUGUCUCUGCCUCCCCGAGUCCUGGGAUCACAGGUGAGCACCACCAGGCCCAGCUUUGGAUGAACUCAUAAACUUUGCAAAACUGGAAAUUAAGUUAUUUUAAAAUUACAAGUAUUUUUUUAAAAAUCAAGUAUUUGAUGUUAUUCAUCUAAACGUUCCUAUUCUUGUCGUGGGACUGCAUUUAGUUUACAGUUAGAUAGAAAGUGUGAGGGUUUCUUUCCCCCCACUACAGGAGUAAAGCCAGGAUUGUGGGCUCCCAGAGCCCCACGUUAACGUGUCGUGAGGCUUCAGCACCCGUGAUGGCUCGCCUUCCCAACAUUGCACUUGUUGGACCGUGUCUGAUGCCGGGCUCAUGCAGUGUCUGCUUAUUGGGUGUGUUUUGUUUUUUAACUUUUCCACCUGACUUAAAUCCAUAUAGUGGGAUAAACAAUUUGAAGAACUGAAAAGGGAACUUGGAAAUGAAACCAUAAAAUAAUGCAGAAUUGCAGUUACAAUUGCAGUUCACUGGGAGAGAUACAGGCUUUUUUGAGUUAAAUUCGUAUUUGUUAGUACACACUAAUUUUAAUGCUAUCAUUAAGGUCUUUUUAUAGAAAACUUUUACUUUGUAAUAACGUCCACAAAAUGAAAUCAGAUUCUAGUGAUUAAGUCAGUCAGGACUUACGUAUCAUUUGUUAAAUAAGUUAAUUUAAAAAGAUUAUUCCAUUGUAUAGGCAAUUGCCUAGGUUCUGCCAAGGCCAAGGUUAAAAAAAACAACCAAACAAACAAACAAACAAACAAAAACAUUUCACCUUGAAAACCAGGAACAUGAUUAUUUCUAAACAAGUGUUUGUUGUCACUCAUCUGGUAGAGUUUAUUUAAGAAUUUAUUUCCUCUCCCCAUGAUUUUGUGUGGAAGAAGCUGUUUUAGUAAUUCAUGGGUAGGAUUGGUGCAAAUGGAUGUUUUUCUUUCCUUUAAUAAUUACUGUCAUUAUGAAGUGUGAAAUGCAAAACUGUUGAUGGUAAGCUCUACUCUUAAAUGAAUCAGUUCUAUCAGCAUUAAAGUCAGUCAUUCAGAAACCAA